AUGUCAAUCACGUCGCGCAGCCAGAGCUCCUCCCCCGACAUCUUGGGCCCUCCAGGCGAUGCCGACUAUCUCAUUUCGUCCCCGAUAAAGCCCUUCACAGGUCGCCAGAGCUGGCUGUCACCUGCGACCGUGAAAAGACAACGGACCCCCGCGAAACGGCCGCGUGUGACACUGAGUCCUACGAGAAGCGCGCAUUCGAUUCGCUUCGACGAUGUCCUACUCCCUGGGUCGCCUACAAUGAAACUUGAUGGUCGCCAAAGGUCACUUUCGCCGGAGAAAUUUGGACAAGAUGGCAACGUGAGCCCUUGGCGUAUUCGAGUCACGCUCGAGGCGACGCAGGACGAGGAGAAUCAGGGCAACACGAGCCCGUCGCGUAAACGGUUACGGCCCGCGACAGUGACGACUAUGGUUCCAUUGAAAGACGACGGGAGUCCUUUGAAACAAAAAACGCCUGCCAAACGGCGCGGCGGUCCUCGAAAAUCAAAUAUUCAAUCACAGAAUGGCUCGCCAUGGCCCGGAAGUGCAGGGAAUACCCCAGGGCCGGUGGGAGCUACGCCAAAAAGGAAACCGGGACGACCGCGCAGGGGUACGCCAAAGCCGCAGGCGCAAGUAAUCUCGAUGCUAGCAGACGAGCCCGAGGAUGAGCCAGAAGAGGAGCCUACUCCAACGAUAGGGCCACCGCAACAACACUUUAGUCCGAUGGAUAUAACAGCCGAUGGCAGCGCAAACCCCGAUCGGCAAUGGAGCCCCAUGAAUCUUACUACGGAUGAAGGAUUAGAUAGCGAUUCCCUCGGUGCAGAUGAUUUGCCUGUCGCAAACCUUCGUGCUCCAACUCCAGCACAUGCGCAGAACCAGAAGACCAAUACAGCUCAUGAAUACGGCAGAGCUACCUACGAUACCCCGGUCAUCGGCGCUACCGAACACCAUUUUCUCGAUAAUGACGAGAAUAUACACUCGACUCCUUCCAAGAUGCCGUCACCUACCCGAGAAAGACUAGGCUCAUCCGCAAGAUCUUCACGCCGUGGUGGCAGCACUGUGUCUCCACGUACCUACCCGACCCCAACCCCGACUUCGUCGCUGGCCGAUGAAGAGAAUCAACCAGGGGAGCAGGCUGUGGAGCCUCAAGACGAUCCCCGAGAGACGAACACAGAUCAUGAGCACCAAACCGAGCCGUUGGCGGAUCCCACGGACGAGCAUGAAGAGUUCGACUCGAUCAUGGAGAGCGAAGGAUUUACUAUGGUUUCUCUGGACACACUGCCAUCCGCGAAGCAAUAUGGCCUCGGGUCCAGCACCAAAGUCAAUUCAGAUGUUUCCAAACAAGAACGAGAGUCUGGACGUAUUGGUGACCGGUUGAAGCGUAAAUUGUCAGGGACAAUUGAUACCUUCCGCAAUGAUGCUCAAAGCUCGGCAAGGCCAAGCCCAGCGACCCAAACGGCCUCUCCUAAACGGCAUGCCCUAGCACGCGCCGACCCGAAGCGGCAUACUACGAACGCGCAAGCUCCUGUUCAGGUCUCCUACCCUGAGCUUCCUGUGACGCGUUCGCCGGAAAAGCCGCUCGACGACACACCUAGGAGAACGCCAAUCAGCUUGGCCAGGGUAGUUCGUGUCGGCAUGGCCCUUCAAGGAACAUUCAGACCCCGCGAGGGCGAGGUCCCAGGAAGCGGCAAUGCAAGUCGAAAGAAGCGCCUUGAGGGUGUCUUCAGCAGCUUUAGUCCUGCUACGCAGCGAGAAUUGCGGGCUGCUCUUGGAAUUGGACAAGAACUCGCGAUGCGUCAAGCACUAGCAACGGAAGAGCAAGCUAGAGAAGCUGAGGAAUUAGAGGGUGAAGAUGUCCCUAUGGAUGAUGACCCGAUGGGGGAUCGGCAAGGUGAUUAUCAGAGUGAGGAGGAAGAGGAGGGGGAGGAAGAUGACGAUGAACCCAUGGUAGUAUCAGUUCAACCUCGGCAGACAGUUUCCCCGCGAGCCAACACAAACGACUCAAUAAGAGCACGGCAGGAGCAAGAGUGGCAACGUGAGCGCGAAAUUGUCAGUCGUCAUGCUAGGGACCCGAUCAAUUCAGGAAGACUCAUACAUAUUGAGAGCGACGAGGAGAUCCCACAAGAGGACCCCAAGGAUGCCUCUGGUCAUUUACAGACUCAGGUCGAGCCUAUUAUUGAUGAGCGGCUCCUCGACGAGGGGCCAGUUUACGAGGAGGCCCCAGAUGAAGUAUCAUUCGACGAAGAGCCUGAGAAUUUUGAGCCGGAUGUUGUACGUGUGUCCCGACCCGCCGCGGCCCAAACAAUACAUGCGGAGGAGGAGCCAAUUUAUGAAGAUGACGACGAUGGCUCUGAGGACAUAUGGCGACAAGAUACCUUCCACUCUGAGCCUGAGCAUGCACUUGUCCCGCUUCCAGUACAUGAUCAAAAUAUGGAAAAGGAGCAUGGACAUGUGGAUGAAGACGAUGAUGGUGACGACAUAUGGCAAAUGGAGGCUCGUGAUCAAAGCAACCUCUCGCAACACUCUGAGAGUCGGACCCAGAGGGACGUCGUCCAGGACGCUUCCAGCCCCUGGAGGAAAGUCGCGAGCCUCUCUAGCAAUCAAGAUCAUUUGAGCUCAUCUCCGGCUUACGUGACUUUGGAGCACCCCGAUGGCCUCCACCAGGUUCCAACACAUAUUCGAAAGCUACGCGAUCAGGAUGUCGAUCUGUCUGCCAUUCUCGCUGAAGAGGAGACCCCAAAUCGUGCCCGCUACUAUAAUGGCACAAGCACACCGAGAGAUAUGCCGAGCCGCCAACCUGGAGCUCCCCUUGCAUCAGCCAUGAAAUCCGCAUCCUCUACCCGAAAGAGUCAGCGAGUGCGCCUGCAGCCUAUCUCCCAGUCCAGCCCAGAAAUAGGAUCAGAAGCAGAGUUUAGCUAUUCUCCUGCCUUUAAACACAAUAUCUCUCGCCAAGAGCGAAUCGAAGAGGAGCGCGAUGAGCCAGAAAUUUUCUCUGAUGCUGCUCACGGGACCGAACCCGGUUAUACGGAUGCCGCAGCCGCUACUCCGAAGCCUCCACGCCAAUCAGACCAGGAUGCCCCGGCAUCAACCUGGUUCCAGCGAAUUACUAGUCUCACACCUCGGUGGCUCAAAGCGCCCAACAGAGAUGAGGAUGACAGCUCCAGUUCGGUGGCAGCUUCCGAGGACGAAUAUGAGGAUGAUGACAAGGAGAAUCAGGUGGGAGUCGCGGAGAUCGAGUCAGCGAAGCAAACUCGCGAGAACUAUGAACAAGCGCCUCUUUCAUAUCGUUCGAGUGAAUCGCCUUCAAGAUACCUGGAAGAGUCGGCUAGUCCUCCGCGAUUGAAUGGACAUGGUCAUGUGCCUUCCAUUGAACAGGAGGAAGAGUACUCUUCUGAGCAAGGCGACUUUGAUGAUGUGCAAGACGAUGUUUCAGAGGUUCAUGCUGAAGGCAGCAUCGUCAAACAGGACUUUAUGGAAGACGAUCUUGCCGGGGCCGACCCUGUAGAAAUGGUCGAUGAUCAUACCAAAUCAGUACGGCCUAGACCCCUGCCAAUAUUCGGCUACUUUUCCGAUGAACACUACAAAGCCCUUCGGCGCGUCUACCGAAUGGCAAAGCGCUCCCCGGAACGUUUCCCCUACCACGAGGCGCCAGGGCGUGCUGAGAUCAUCGGUGAUUGGAUCUGGACCUCGGACGGCCAUCAUGGGGUCCCUAUCACCGAGGUACAGUUUGCCAUUAUCGAUCGGUUUGUGCAUGAUCUCUCGCGCGCCGACGUCGAGUAUGGUGGCAGUGGGCAGGUCGAAUGGACCGAAGCUGACCUGCACCGGAGAUUGAUUAGCAUCAUUAUUGGCGAGCAGAUCCGAGAGAAUCAGAAAGCCAAGUCGGCGCGGGGGGCGUCUGUUGAUACAUGGCGUUGA